CAAAUUUCCCGGAAUAACAUGAGCCCCAAACUACAGUCUUCUUCCUCGUCAUCUAAGCCCAAAAUUGAAGUGACGGCCGAGUGGAGCCUUACUCUGAAUGAUGGCAAACACGAAAUCCAGUUCGAGCAUGGUACCACCUCUGGCAAGAGGGUCAUAGUACUAGAUGGGAAGAGCUGGAUACGCUGGAUGUUUUUGUCAACGGAGAAAUGCAACAUGUUGAGCCCCAAUUUUCGGAAGAGUUCGACGGAUCAGAGCGCCACUUCAUGCUCACAUCCAACAUGAGCGCCCACAUCAAGUCCUUCUCCUCCGGCAACAAGAGGGAAGGUAUCGUGCACGAACUGUAUGUGGGGGAGUCAGGACCCUUCGAGCCGGAUCUGAGCGAGAAAACAGUUUGCAUUGUAUGAAUAAAGAUAAUUCCCGUGAAAGAGAAGCUGCUUGCACAGUGGCGUAUGGAGAAAACACCAACUCUACCAAAAUCUGAAAAAGUAUUGCCAAAGCUAGAGCAAAAACGUUUAAUGUCAAUGCCACUAGAGAUUAUUGAAACUACUAUCUACUUCUCUGUAUUUCUACAAAGCAAAAAUUUAUAAAGCAACUAUCCCUCAAAUAAAACAAGACUGCUCGUAUCAGGGCGAAUUCCUGAAUGUUCCGACUGCCUUUUAAGGUUUUAUGGAGC